AUGGAUGGCACCAGUGACGUCCGGCAAUGGACCGACGUGGAUCCCGCAACCGAUUUCAGCGUGAGGCGGCAGCCCCGCCAAAGCCACAAACCGACCCUAGGCACAAGCCAUGACAUACACUACGUUGGCAGGCCUAAAACUGAUCAGGCUAAAUCACUCAAAUCUCAAGUGUCUGAUGAAGGCCACUUUUGA